CUUGCUAGUAAUAAGCCAACUCGUUACCCCAAUGCCCGAUCUGAACAUCUCUCUCGCUUUCGCGCUUGCAUAAUGUUUUGAAAAUAGCUUUUAAUCACACUCACCCAAACACACAUUUAGGGCUCCGAAUCAUGGAAUCGGAUCUUCCAUUGAUGGAACUGACUGAAGAAGACGAUUCUCUUAUCGAACCGUUUCCAGAUCCCAAGCAAACACCUUCGAAAUCAUCAUUCAAUUACUUUAAUUGCUCGCCUCUCGCACUUCCACCUUCACGCACCAAAAGUUUGAAAGAUGGUGUUCAUACAGAGAAACCUACCACUUCAUCUUCUGAAUCUAGCAACAAUAAAGAGAAUAUAAACUCAAACAAUUUAGAAAUGCCAAAAUUAGGUAUGGGACCUAUCCAAAUGAAGAGGAGAAAGAAGGGAGCAGAAUGCAAUUUACGGAAAAGCUUAGCAUGGGAUAGAGCUUUCUUUACUGAUGAAGGCAUUCUCGAUCCACGUGAAUUGAAUAUGAUUACUGGUAUCAAUGCUUACACAUGUGGAAGGGGAUUGCCUACUAUAAGUGAAGAGGGAAAUAGCUCAUUUUCUUCAGGUAGCAGAUAUAGAAAUGAACCCAAUGAUAUGGAGGCCUCUAAAGAAGCUCUACUUAAAGAGUUACAUAACAAGAGUCACACAUCAAAGGGAAACAGAGUGGGAAAUCAUGAUUCUUUACCUCAUCAUAAAAUUACACACAAAGUUCUCUUAACUGAUCAUUCAAAUUCAAAUAGAACAAGGCCAAAUUCAAACAUUUUGAGAACAACAAAAAAGGAUUCCAAGCUUCCUAAACUACCCAUGUCAAAACUCGGAUCUUGCUCUUCUACAAAGGGUUCUAUAACAACAACAAGCCAAUUGAGGCAUAAUCUGAUUCCUAAACCACCUGUAAAUUCUCAGAAGAAUGUUGGGUUGAAAAGCUCUUUAAAAGACUUUAAAGCAAAAACAGGAUUAGACAACCCCCAUUCUAAAGAGCUAGCUCAAAAGACUGUAAAAUCGACACACUCAUCUUCUAAAGCAACUUCUUCAACCAAAUCACAGUUUGUACAUGUUGACAAAGCUCAUAGUGGGUUAGAAAUGGUUCCAGAUAGAUUGCAUUCAUGUGAAAUUCAUGACGAAUCUACCCCUCUUCCAGCUAAAACUCUACCUCAAUAUACUCCAACAACUUCAGUAAAGAACAACUCAUUGCCUUCAGGACUAAGAUUGCCUUCACCUUCACUCCGAUUCUUUGAUCAGACAACAGCUACACCAAAAACACAGAAUGGACAAUGUUCUGUAUUAAAUUCUCAUACUACCCCUUGUGGUAGUCCAUCAUCCAAUUACAUGGUGAACAAAGGAGUCUUAAAUUCAAAUGUAUAUCAAGAUAUAGUGAGAAAAAUGCAAUACGAGUGUAUUAGUGCUUCUGAUGUUGAGUCACAUAAGGUCAUUGAGCAAGAGAAAAGAAUCCUUGAACACAAGGGCAAAAUGGGAAUUGAGAAAAUUGCAUUGAAGGGUAAUGAGGAGAACAGAGAAGGCAAGAAUGCCAACAUUCAAUUGUCUGAAAAUGAUGAAAGAGUUCCUUUUGUUCUUGAAACAAAAGAUGAUCAUAUCUCCACUUCAGUGUCUACAUCUGAACAAUCCAUUCAACAUCAAGAACAAAAACUUUUGACUAUGGUUGAAGUGGGCCCAUGUGAAAUUGCAACUAAGAUUAAUGAUCAUCUUUUGGUAGAACAAAGUGGCUCAACUUAUUCAAGUACUUAUCCACAGAGUUUGGAUAUAAUACCAAUUGAAGAUGAAUUUAAAAACAAUAAUGAAAAUCAAAGGCAUCAAGAAAUGGGGAUAAUUAUUGAGAGCAUGUUAACAACUACACAUAGUGUAGAAGCUGAGGUGUCAAAGAUAAGCUUUGGGGAAGAAUUUGAAGCUAAAGUGAAAGUGCUUCAAGAAACAAAGAGUCCAACAAUGUUGAAGAAAAGGUCAUAUAACAUCAAGUGGCAAGAUAACUCUUCUAUCAAGCAUCCAAUAAAUGCUAUUGAAGCUUGUGAUGAGGAUCUUGUUCAAACAUCAAAAAGGGAACAAUCUGAUACCAAAAAAUCAAAUUCUUGUAAGGUUAAUCAUGUGGAGUCCCAGAGGGGCAAAAUUGGAAAAAAAGAAGAUGACGUUGGAGCCACAACUCCUUGCAUUUCUGCUUUGAUGAAUUCUCAGUUCCAUGAAGGGCAUUCUGGUAAUUUCGUUAGGCCUGAAGAAAGCUCAGGUUUACACACAACCGAGGUUAAUGAUCAUAUUUCUCAAGACAAAAAUGCAAAUCCAAAAGAAAAUAACAAAGAAGCAACAGUGUUGAUGAAGAAGUCAAAUAACAUCAAGAAGCAAGAUAAGUCUUUGGUCAUACAUCAAGAGGAUCUUGCUCAAACAUUAAAAAGGGAACAAUCUGAUACCAAAAAAUCUAAUGCUUGUAAGGUUAAUCCCGUGGAGUCCCAGAGGGGCGAAAUUGGAAAAACAGAAGAUGACGUUGGAGCCACAACUUCUUGCAUUUCUGCAUUACUGAAUACUGAAGGGCAUUCUGGUAAUUUCGUUAUGCCUGCAGAAAGCUCAAGUCUACAAGAGGGACCUUUUGAAAUUGCAAGUGAGGUUAAUGAUCAUAUUUCUCUAGAAAAAAAUGUGAUUCCAAAUGUUGUUCAAGAAGAAAAUAACAAAGAAGCAACAGUGUUGAUGAAGAAGUCAAAUAACAUCAAGAGGCAAGAUAAUAAGUCUUUAGUCAUAGAUGCUGUACCCUUCUCUGAUGAAUGGUUAGCAGCUAUUGAAGCUGCUGGAGAGGAAAUCCUUACCAUGAAGUGUGGGGCUGUACAGCAUUCGCCUCCAGACAAAUCUAUUCCUGAACGAAAUCCAUGGUCUCCGGUGAAAAAUAAAGCUAAUCAGAUUGGGCCUUACGACUGCACAAAAGGUGUUGGGGACCGACCAAUGAGGUUUUGCCAUGUGGAAAUUAAGAAAUGGUCGAAGAGUGCGAGGGCGAUGGAGGUGGUGAACAGGACGAAAACGAUCAUAUUUCUGAUAGGGAUUUGGAAGUGGGGUCUGAUAUGGUGGUCCAUGGCUAAGGCUUGGAGGACUAUUAGACUCAUUUGGACGGUGAUUGGGGUGCAUAGUAGGUUUCAUGUUGACAAUAAUGAGGAGAUUUGA